AUGGCUGCGCAUCUGUAUCUUGAAAGACAAUCUUCACUUCCUACUGCCAUUGCCAUGGCAGAACAAUCGACACUCCGCCAGUCGGCCGCGGAGGAGGCUCUCGCCGCCUUCUUCGAGAAGUAUACGACACUGAUUCGCAAUCGCCUCCGAAGUACUUCCCGCACGACCCGACUGCUCGGAACACUUGCCCUCGCCGCAUCCAUAGUCCUCAGCGCCGCUGGAGGCAGACGCUGGUGGAGGCAAAGGCGUGAGGAAAAGGAGCAGGGCCGUAAACUUGUCCGUACGAAUUCGUGGCUGCACAACAAGGAUGGAUCACGUACGAUUUACGUCCCAUACAAAGAUGGAACCUCCAAGGUUGUUAUUCAGACCACAAAGCCGCUGACCUUUGAGGCGCAUCGCCGGCUCUUCCUCAACCCUCCGCGGGUAUCUGGCCUCGGCGACGGAACCGUUCCCUCAGCGCAGACGAAGCCGGGCUUGAACCUGGCAUUUCUACAUCAGUUCCUUAGUCUCAUGAGUAUCAUGAUCCCGAGAUGGUCAAGUAAAGAAGCUGGGCUGCUUUUGAGUCACAGCGUUUUCUUGAUGCUUCGCACCUACCUUUCCCUCGUGGUCGCUCGACUUGACGGCGAGAUUGUGCGGGAUCUGGUUGCAGGACAAGGGAAGGCAUUCCUCUGGGGACUAGUCAAGUGGUGUGGUCUCGGCGGUUUUGCGUCAUACACGAAUGCGAUGAUCAAAUUCCUCGAAUCCAAGGUGUCCAUUGCCUUCAGAACCCGCCUUACUCGGUACAUCCACGAUCUAUACCUGAACAACAACCUCAACUACUAUAAGCUCUCCAAUCUGGAUGGUGGCGUCGGCCAGGGCGCGGAUCAGUUUAUCACGCAAGAUUUGACACUAUUCUGUGCUGCCGCUGCGAACCUCUACUCAUCACUCGGUAAACCCUUUGUAGACCUUUGCGUCUUUAACUACCAGCUAUUCCGCUCUUUGGGCCCAUUGGCUCUAACGGGUUUGUUGAGCAACUAUUUCCUAACAGCGAGCAUUCUGCGCCGGCUCUCGCCUCCUUUUGGCAAACUUAAGGCAGUUGAGGGUCGCAAGGAGGGAGACUUUAGGGGGCUGCAUGCACGACUAAUCGCCAAUGCCGAGGAGAUCGCCUUUUACGGAGGUGCCGACAUGGAGAAGACUUUCCUCAACAAGGAAUUUAAGUCUUUGAAGAAUUGGAUGGAGGGCAUCUACAUGCUCAAGAUUCGGUACAACAUGCUUGAGGAUUUCAUACUCAAGUACAGUUGGAGUGCUUACGGCUACCUUCUAUCCUCAUUACCAGUAUUCCUUCCAGCAUGGGGAGGUCUGGGCGGCGCUGCUGAGCUGGCCGAAAAUGCUGCAAAGGGAAGCAGGGAGCGCGGGCGUAUGAAGGAGUUCAUUACGAACAAGCGUCUUAUGCUCUCACUCGCGGAUGCUGGCGGAAGGAUGAUGUACUCUAUCAAGGAUCUCUCCGAGCUUGCCGGCUACACUAGCCGAGUCUACACCUUGAUUUCAACACUGCAUCGCGUUCACGCCGAUGCUUAUUUCUUGCGAGGGCAACAGAACGAACUUUACUCCCUCUCGGAUGUUCAAGGAACCAUCCAGAAGGGUUUCGAUGGCGUACGGUUUGAGAACGUGCCUGUUGUUGCCCCAUCGUUAUGGCCCAACGGUGGUGAGGAGCUAAUGGAUUCCCUCUCAAUGGUUGUCAGGAGAGGAGAGCAUCUUCUGAUCUCUGGCCCCAACGGUGUCGGUAAGACGUCUAUUGCCCGUAUUCUUGCUGGCCUUUGGCCAGUCUACAGAGGACUCGUCAGUCGUCCAAAGGAUAUUGGUCAGGAUGGCAUCAUGUUCUUGCCGCAACGACCCUAUCUCAGCAUCGGUACGUUGCGCGACCAGGUCAUCUACCCUGACGGGCAUCACGAUAUGCGCGAGAAGAGGAAGUCUGAAGACGAUUUGAAGCGCAUUUUGGAAGAUGCCCGUCUUGGCUACCUUCCCGACCGUGAAGGUGGUUGGGACACCCGUAAAGAGUGGAAAGAUGUUCUUAGCGGUGGAGAGAAACAGCGCAUGGGUUUCGCCCGCGUGUUGUACCACGAGCCUCAAUUCGCCAUUCUUGACGAGGGUACUAGCGCCGUGUCUCAAGACGUCGAGGGCCUGCUCUACGAAGUGUGCAAGGAGAAAGGAAUCACUCUCAUCACCAUUUCUACACGCGCCUCACUCAAGAAGUAUCACACGUACAACCUCAUUCUCGGAGGCGGAGAACGUGGCGAUGAGUGGGAGUUUGAAAGAAUCGGAACAGAACAUGAGAAGAUGCAAGUCGAGAAGGAGCUCCAGGACCUUCGUGAACGCCUUGAACAGGUCGAGAAUUGGAAGGCAAGACGCCAGGAAAUCGAGGAGGAGCUUUCCAAGGUGUGGGUGGCGGGCGGAGACGAGCUAGACCCUCCUUCCUAUGCCGAGAGUGAGAGCGACUCCUCCAAGGGAAAGGGCAAGGAGACGGCGUCGCUGUCUUCAACGCAAGAGAUUUUGGGUGAUGCUUGA